AUGGGUCAGGCACUUUCGCUGCUGUUUGGGGAGGAAGCACCACCUGUGCAGGUCGACGGCCUGGCCGAGGAUCCGGGGGGCGAGCUACCGGGCGUAGACAUCGUGGGCAACAGAUGCUCCUGCACGUACCCGCCCGUGUUCAAGAGCACCUUGCAUCAAGGGGACAAGGACUUCUGGAACAAUCUGGAUGAGUACUCGGCCCAGACGCUGCUAGCAAAGAAACCAGAUGGGGAGGCGGAAUUCGCAGAGGGCAUGCGACGCUUCGAGAUUGCAAGGGAUCAGAUGUCUGCCGCACUCCACACCAUGCAGGACAAGUACACGGAUCUGGCGAUAGCCAGACGAAACCUGGAACAAACUCAGCAGGGCGCCGCAUGGGAGCACUUCAGCAAGUGCCGACCCCUCAGCAAGAAGUACGGCCUCUACUUGCCCUGCCACGAAAACUUCAAAGCUGCCAUGCAAAGAUACCGUGGACUGCUACAGAAACCAGGAUGCCCUGUUGGUGCCUCGCUUCCACUGCGGCCUGCUUCCAUGGGCCCGGAUGGCCUGGAGCCUUUGGUGAUGCUGACGGCACCUCACAGCUCCCAAAGCCCAGUCCCAAAGGCUUCGAAAGGAGCCGACUUUCUCUGA